AUGUCUGAACCCGAGCCUCAACAGAACCCUACAAGUUCCCAGACUUUUGCAUCACAAAGAACACGAAGAGAUCAGAAAAUGCCAUCGAAAACACUUACCACUACACGGAGAACUCGCAACAACAUUCAUCUAGCCAAUCAUGCACAAAUUCCUAUCAACCCUCGCAACACGUCUCCUGACCCUCAACCAGCAAAUAAUCCUGACCAGGAGAGCAACAAACAGAAAACCAAAGUUACAGACUUUGACGACGACAGCUCGGUUCCAUCCUUCAUCCUCGACCGACCAUCUUCUUACGCCUUGCAAAAGCUAGAAGACAUAGAAUACGUCAAACUAUGCUUUACCAAAAUGGGUGACUUAGUUGCACUCAGACCCAUAUCCUCCACUCGAGCCUCUCGGAACGUCAUCCAAGAUGAAAAUCUAACCAUGGCGCAACUUUCAGUAGCUCGCACUGCAUUCCUCGACCAUGCCAAAAAAUUGGCAUGGCCGCGCAGACAUCUUGAUUCUCUCGUCCGGUUCUUCAGCCACAUUGAGAACCACCCUCUGCGCCGUACCCCGCACGGAGAAGAAGCAUUGUUAGCUUAUCAAGCUCAAGUCAGAAGAGAAUGGCACGACUGA